AUGGAGGGGGAUCUGCCACAGCAUGCCCUGAUCCCGGGCGGAGCCCCCUGCGAUCUGGCGCAGCAGUUCCACUUCCACCUCGCCGCCCAGCCCCAGAUGCUGGACCAGACGGUUCAUGCUCACCAGGUCACGUUGGCUGCCCCGGCGGCGGCGGCGGACCAGAUGCUGGAGCUCGGGAAUGUGGAGGAGCCCCCGCUGGGCCUCAAGGAGGACGACGCCACCGGCAAGGCGGCGGCCACGCCUUCCCCCCAGUGGCACCGGGUCAAGUGGACCAGCGACAUGGUCAAGCUGCUCGUGUCGGCCGUGUCCUACGUUGACGAGGACAUGGACGCGGACCCGGGCGGGGCGAGGAGGAUGGGCAAGUGGAGGCUGGUCUCCUCGGCCAUGACCAAGAGGGGGUUCCCUGCGUCGCCGCAGCAGUGCGAGGACAAGUUCCAUGACCUCAACAAGAAGUACAGGAGGGUUACCGAGAUCCUUGGCCUGGGAACGGCGUGUAAGUUCGUCGAGAAUCCGGCGCUCCUUGAGGAGGCGGAUCUACCUGUGAAGCUCAAGGAGAAGGCCAAGAAGCUCCUCAGCUCCAAGCACCUGCACUUCGAGCAGAUGUGCUCCUACCACAACCGUAACCGGGCCUGCCUGCUUGACGAUCCAGCCCUUCAAAGGAUGCUGCGGCUGAUGGCACGUAUGCGUCCUUCAAAGAAAUACAAGUUUGAACAUGAUAAGGAUAAUCAGAUAUUGAUUUCUGAUGACGAUGAGGGUGGAGAGUUCAAUCGUGAUCUAGAUGUCACUGCUGGAGAUCAUGUCACCAGGAAACUGCCACAAGCUGCUGCUCAGGGAUCAGGUGGUCCAGCAGAUGCAGCUCAAGUCCAGAGAGAACAACUGGAGAUAAAAAUAGAUAUGCUCAAAAUCAAGAAGAGACGUUUGGAGCGGAUGAGGUCCAUCAUGGAGCAGGAAUGGGAACUGCAGAAGAUGAGGAUGGACAAUGAAAUUAUGGACCUGGAAAAUGACCAGAUGGACCUGGAGCUGGAGCUGGAGCUUAAGGAAAUGGAGAUGGGCAUCAAACCAAAGAGGAUUUAG